UUCACAUGUAGAUAGUAUCGUCCCGCGUAGGUCAAAUUUAGGUUGCUAUAUUAAUGCAUCAUCCGCUCCUCAACAUCUCGUCCAUCUGAUACAGAACCACGCAAGAUGGCUCGUCCACCUUAUCUCUUUGUCCAACCCUCCCAUAUUCUGGCAAUACGAUCCAUACCAGCAGUGGAGAAUUGCAUUGUCGAUAUGGCUCUACGUUUCGUCAUGCUUGGUCGCAUCUACACUGCUCGCCAAUUCAUAGAACUUCUGCAUUCGCGUCCGCUUCUACAGACUCUCGACCUUGCAGGCCUACGUGCUUUGGUCCCUUUCUGGCGUUUAUCGGCAUUCCCUACCGGUAUCCCACAGUAUAUGAGGACGGAUGCCUACUUCAGGGAAUACAUAAAAGACAAAGAAGAACAAGGAUUACAAUGGCCAGUCUACGUCAAGCAAGAGCAACGUACGGAGAACGAAGCCGGUAUAGCUGCAAUCUUGUCACCUGAACAUGACAUCCCUCAUUACUACAAAACAUCGGGUGCCAGAGUCGCCUUAGAGAUUGCGGUCAAGCUCGCCGAGGAACGUGGCAUAGAUCCAAUCGUUGACUCCAAGGUCCAAGAGAUUCUCGGCAAGCUUACAGAAAAUUACUCUCACGAGGACAGAGAUCUGGACCUUAUCGACUCCCCGCGCUGCUGGUCGUUAUUCACGUCUGGAGCUGUGGCUAAAAAAUGGGACCUAAGUGAUCAAAAACUCGACGCUCAAGCUGCUGAUCUCCUUGAAGCAGCGCGACAGCGUUAUUGGCGCGAGCCCUCAUCAUCGAGUCCGGCAUCUAUAUCCGAGCUUCUCCGGUCGUGUAACGAUGAUUCUGUGGCAAGGUCUGACGAAUACUGGAUUGAAGCAGGUGAAGAGAAGCCUCAAUCACUCUACUCACCACCCGCCACUGAGGAAGACAUUGCCAACCUUGAAGCGCGACUCAAGGUCAACUUACCGGAAGACUUCAAAGAGUUUCUACGCACCAGCAAUGGAUUUGGCGGGAUCUGGAACGGCUAUGGUCCUGACCCUCCUAUUCUUUCCACUGAUGAAAUAGACUGGUUCGAAUCUAGAGAGUACGAAACAGAGUACUGCCAAUUGGAAUUACCCUCUUCCGUCACUGAGCUUCGAGAUACCCUGGCAUACAAAGAUGACGAUCUCGACCCUCCUCUGUUUGAAGACGUCAUCCGUAUAGCCAGCUAUGAUAUUGACGAUUUGUGGCUCGUUCCUCCCGAGUUGAUGCAACGAACGCGUGAGCACUACAAAAAGCUGUAUGCCGUUGUUGAUGACAAUGGAAAACGAACUAUCGAGCGUGCGAUCGAUAACUUCGCUGGCAGUUGGGAAGAUUGGGAGAAGCUAGAUUGGGGUUGUGUGUACUGCGCGCGUGGUGGCGGCAACGGAUGGGGUAUCUACAAGAGUUUCAAAGCAUGGUUGGAAGAUUCAGCUUUCAGCGCAAGGAACGAUGGUCAAGUACCGUAGGUCAUUGUGGUCGCUUCAAGGCAAUCCAUGGUUACAUGUAUAAGACCAAGUCAGUAGUUGAUAGAUGUGGUUCGUCUGUUUCGAUUGCGCCUUCAUUGUUCAACGCUACUGUGGGUUCAUCACGAAGCACUUUCUUUGCUUUCUCUAUUCGUGCUCGAUCCUUCGCGGGUGUUACCCAGCAUAUCCAAGGCUUUCUGUAACAGGAGAAACUUCCGGAAGCGACAGCAUUGUCAC